UUGUAGAAGUUAGUCGCAGCUGAUCUGCCGGGCAGUAAGGUAUCGAGUGCACGUAUCCGUCAGUUCUUCGUUUCGCGCGAACUAGUAAAGCGUGUGAGAAAUCGUGGCUAGUGUUAUUUUUGACAGUGACCAGAGUGCAGAGAUUGGGAAUAUUUGGCGGAGGACCUGUUUCUACAGCGAAUUGCAGCAGCUCCGAUACUGAUUCCGUGCCGACAUUGGUUUAACCCUCGCGCUUGUCGUGCUGUAAGUGGCAUCGGGUAGGUAUCGGAUCAAUCGGGAAUUCCUUAGAGUUGACGCCCGUCGAAAUGCUGUAAUGGCAUCGGGUCUAGCAUCCGGACCACUCGGGGGAGUCUACCUAUAGUUCGUCAGCCGGGCCCUUCUCCAUCGGAGCAACUGCGGGGAUCUAUUUACCGAACAAUUAGCCCCAGCGUAUAUGAUCCUGGAGGGUAGUACACACGUCUUCCAGCUGCAAUUGUUGUCACAGACCGACUUUGGUUCGAAAUUGUUUUGGAAGGCGGCCGGAUCAAAAUUGAAAUUGACGCCUACUAAAGGUGGGAUGAGUUAGGCGUAGGUACAUCCAGGCCUUAUUCACUUGGCUUGGCUCUUACAACCAGUGGUAGCAGUGACAAUCGGCAUCGUAUUGCGAGGGCGUGCCUGACCCGAGGGAUGUCACUUCUGUCACCUCGGGGGGGCCGGAAGGCUUCCAUCCUCUGCUUUGCGGGACUGCUUUUUCUUCUGGUCCUUUAUCAGCUCGGUAUCAUCUGCGGGUCCUCCAAAGAUGGACCGACUUCGGUGAUGAUUGCCAAAGAGAAAUAUGUGAUGGGUGCUUCGGACCACAAAGUCUAUACCUACGACAGAACAAUGCCGUUGAUAUUCAUCGGCGGUGUGCCCAGGUCAGGAACAACUCUGAUGCGAGCAAUGCUUGACGCCCACCCCGAUGUAAGGUGUGGUCAAGAGACUAGGGUUAUACCUCGUAUUCUACAGAUGAGAUCUCACUGGUUGAAGUCUGAACGAGAAAGUAUUAGACUAGAGGAAGCUGGAAUCUCAAAAGAGGUGAUGAACAGCGCGAUUGCCGCAUUUUGCUUGGAAGUGAUCGCAAGACACGGUGAGCCAGCUCCUCGCUUGUGCAACAAAGAUCCACUCACCCUCAAGAUGGGCUCAUACGUCCUCGAACUUUUCCCAAAUGCAAAAUUCCUCUUUAUGGUACGCGAUGGGAGAGCAACAGUUCAUUCCAUUAUCUCGAGAAAGGUAACAAUCACAGGAUUCGAUCUCACCUCAUACCGACAAUGUCUGACGAAAUGGAAUCACGCUAUUUCCGUGAUGCACGGUCAGUGUAAGGAGGUAGGCGCUGAUAAAUGUCUGAUGGUUCCUUAUGAGCAGUUGGUUCUUCAUCCCAAAGAUUGGAUGAAGCGAAUACUGGCCUUUCUUGAUGUUCCAUGGAACGAAUCUGUGCUUCAUCAUGAAGAGUUCAUCAACAAACCUGGAGGUGUACCUCUCAGCAAGGUUGAGCGGUCAUCGGAUCAGGUAAUCAAGCCCGUAAACCUCGAGGCGCUGACCAAGUGGGUCGGCCACAUCCCGGAUGACGUCGUUCGCGACAUGCCCGACAUCGCCCCGAUGCUCUCGGUUCUCGGCUACGAUCCCUACGCCAAUCCCCCAGUUUACGGAGCCCCGGACAGCUUGGUCAGCGACAAUACCAGAAGAGUCUUAGCUGAGGGUCAAAUAUGGGCAGCGAAAGUAAAGAAGCUAGCACUUCAGGAAAAACCUCUUCAGCCACCAUCUGCGUCUACUAAAGAUUCCAGUGACCUGCCAAAUGCGUGACACCGAGUUUAUAUCCUCUUCGGAAUGCGCCAGCACAACUUGAAUGUGUACAAUUACUAUUAUUACGUUUAACCAGACUCACGAACAGAGUAUCGAAUUUAUCGUCGUUCAUUUCACCCGAAUUAGGACGAUGACCAAGAAGCCUACAAUUAACGCGUCGUAUCCCUGGCAAUAUAUCGCAUUACAACAUUACACCAUGUUGUUAUACCACUUCCUAAUUAAGAUAUACCUUAUUGGUAAUGUUGGGUAAAAUAGAAGAAGAAGCAGAAAUGUGGCUGUAAAGAUAAACUGAUGCCAAACAAAUUAUACGUAUUGCAAGAUGACACUAAAUUUUUCUUUAUUUUCACUGUGUUAAAGUUGAUACUCAGUUCUAAUACUUUUCGCGUAAAAACUUGAUCCUACUUUCAAAUAUUUCACUUCUCUUUUAUGGCAGUCAGGUGUAAAAACUAUUAUAUUCCAACUAGCAAUUAUACUGAUAUUACCAACAGUUACAAGCAUAUUAAGUUUAGAUGUUUUAAUAAGAUUAUAAUCAAAUUGGGUUCCUCAAUAUUUAGAAGACAAAAAAAUAUGCGGACAUACCCUGUAUAGCUGCGUUUACAAAUGAAAUUCAGUAUUUUUCACUUUGCCCCAACAAUGUUCAACUAAUCAUUACUUAGUAUUCAAUGAAUAACAAUACACUUGAGACACAAUCACUAAUCCUGGUUAAAAUUGCGUGAAUAUACAAGUAUGUAGUGAAAAGAUAUACAUAUUAAAACGUAUAGAAAGAUACUAGAUUUUAGUGAAAAUUUUUACGUUUUUACAGUAUUUUCUGCAAUUUCUAUCCUAAUCUGCACGAAAUUUUAAACCAGGAAUCUAAGAGAAACAGAUUUUUAAAUAUUCAAAGAUUUUUAGUUGAUCCACAGCUGUGUUACGUACAAUAUUUGAAAAACAUAUUAUCAGUACAUUUAUGUAAACAUACGACAAAAUCAUUUUAUCCACCGAUGAUGUAUAAUUGCACUCCUAGGAUAUAUGAAAUCUUAAUUAUACUGAAUGGUAUACGUCCUCGUAGUCUGACAAAUAUAUUACUGUCGAAUAUUAUCGUAAUUAUUACUAUUAUUGAAACGAAUAUUUUGCCAGGUUACCAUCGUGAUUAAUUUCUACACAAAUAGUCGGCUCCUCCAUUUUGAAGCACACUAAAAUGCAAGGUACUUCAAUAGGCAUAGAAAAGUCAAAAGUAUCGUGGUAUCGACCAAUGGCCAGUAAAUAAUAGU